AUGGUUGCUGAAUCUUUUACAAAGUCGAUUGUCGAGGAAGGUUCACCGCCAGCGCAAGCCAGAGUGCCAACACCAAAGCACAGGUUUGAGGAUCAUGAGUACUCUGUAAGCAGUUUCGUGUUCUUGCACGACAACGUCCAUAUUGUGACUGGUUCACUGGACGGCACGAUGCGGAAGCGGAACUACGAGACGGGACUUGUUGUCGGAGAACCAUGGAAAGGAGAUGGUGGAAGCAUAUAUUCACUGGCGCUUUCUCCAGACGGGGAUACGAUUGCUUGCGGGAGGGCAGAUGGGAGUCUUCAGCGUUGGACCACCGAUGGCAAGAUGACGAGAAGUGCUUGGAGGGGUCAUAGCAGCGGGGUGCGGUCGCUCUCGUGGUCUCCCAGUGGAAGUUGUAUUGCCAGUGGAUCUUAUGAUGGAACAAUCCUCAUUCGAAACGGAAAAAGCGGAGAAGUCGAGGUUGGUCCAAUCAAGACGCAGCAAGAGUGGGUGCUUGAUCUUGCAUACUCACCUUCGGGCGACAGAAUUGCGUCAGGCGGAUAUAACGAAGCGAUUUGUAUCUGGGAUAGCAAGACCGGCGAGCUCGUUGGGCCCAUCAGUGACCCGACCAAGUGGUCGUUUGUGACGUCGUUGGUGUGGUCGUCGGACAGCAGCAAACUCUAUUCUGUCUCCGACAACUUUGCACGUGUAUUGGACGGCACCUCGGGAAAACUACUACAUCGGUUUGAGCACGACAAUCUCUUGUAUUCCAUCGCACUUUCGCCUGGAAACAAUGUGCUGGCGUGCGUGGACUACGGAGGAAUCGUACGGUUAUGGGACACAGAGUCCCAUCAGCCAUUCGGCGAGCCUUUUGGCCAAGACCAUGAAACCCUUCGCUGUGUGUCAUUCUCUCGUGACGGGAGAUACCUAGCAUAUGGAGGAUAUGACAGGAAACUCACGCUAUGGAUGGUCGAAGACAUAGACCCUCAGCUUGCAGUUCAAAAACAAGGGACACAUCAGGAUACUCAACCCGGGUCCCCAGCGUCAUCUUGCCUUGAUGCUGACGCUACAAACCAAUUGGGGAGUGAUGGAAUCACCGAGGACGUGUACGAUGACCCAUAUGACAACUUUUUCCAGUCUAUGCAGCCAACUCUUCCAUCCACAUCGUCUGGCACCCAUCUCCCCCACCAGUCCCCAGCUCGCCGUUUGUGGAGCAUUAUAUCUCAACACCGCCCGCUAGGCCACAAGGUCCGGACAGGAGAAGAAGACAAGAAAGGUGAAAAGGAUGUUGAUUGUUCCGUGAAUGCUCAGCCUGGCGCCAGCAAACGAGAAGAAUAUUCUGCCGAUGCGCAGACUCCACCACCCGAUGAUUCUGUUCCCCCUGCCGGGAACCACACCGAAGAGAACAGAAACCCCUGGAAAUGGCCAAUACGUGCUCGAAACAAUUCCGCUUUCCCCAAGAUGGAUCCAGCGACAACCGAGGUUGUUGAGGUAUAUGCCGCGCGCGGGUUCCAAAGAUAUGUCGCAUUCACACGCAAAAAGAAGACAAAGUCACUUGCUGCAAUGAGCGGCGCUCCUCUCGCUGCGCCACAUGUAACUGGCUUAUCACAGGUGGCUCCGCAAGGCAGUUCUGCACAGCCCGAUAUGUCGUUGCAGCCAAUGUCCGAACAGCCAGGGCCAUUAUCGUACAUUAUGGUCCGAGAUGAGGCUCAAUACUUGCCAGCCACUGGAGGUCUGUCACCUCAGGAAUCCCCAUCCCACUUUGUCACCGCCUACCACACCAUCCACAACUCAGAUUCACGCUCGAGCAUCGAAGGCUCGUGCAACAGGUUCCUGGACAAGAUAUGUUUUCCCUGUGGACAUUACCAUGAGGAUUAG